UUUUCGACUCUGGAUGAUUAGUGACAGGAACCUUUAUUCUUUACUGUAGUGAUAGUAUUACAGCUUUGCAGUUCAUCUCCGGAAUAUUUCGACACAGACAGUUACCGAACUUAACUGAGAAAUCGUUCGAGUGAAUAUGGCCUCUUCAGUGAAAUACAGUGAAGAACAGCUAAACUACUUCAGGAUUUGUUACGUUACCACUGACAUCUUGACCGAGGGACUGCGAGAAAUCUUCAAACAAGAAUGGGAUAGUCGAUACAAGGCCACGUUAGGAGAAUGGAAAGAUGAUCCCAAAAAUGGACUGGAUUUCUGGAAUGGCGAAUCGCUACGGAAUCAAAAGAAGCAUGCACGUCUAUUAACAACCAUGACCAAAGGCAAUAGAGCUGAGUGGGAUUGCACCAUGCUGUUUUAUGCCAUUCUUUUUUCCGAUUGCAUCCAUAGUCUCAAUCCAGUCGUCUGGUCAAAUGUGGAUAAACUCAGGCUGUUUCGGAACGAAGAGUUCGCUCAUAUUGCACGAGGUCGCCUCUCAGACGUAGAGUUUCAAAAUGCCAUUGGCAAAGUGGAAAAUGCAUUUUUAGCUCUCGGUCUUUCCAUUGUGAAAAUUCAAGACGUAAAAACCCAAACGUGUUUUCCCACAGAGCAGUUGAUACAUGUUUUGAAGAAGGUGGACGACCUCAAGCAGGAAGUUCAGGAAAAAGAAAGAGAAGUUCAGGAAAAAGAGAAAGAAGUUCGGGAGAAAGACAAAAAUCUUCAAGAAAAAGAGAAAGCAAUUCAGGAAAACAACAAGAAAUUGCAGGAAAAAGGAAAGGAACUUCAGCAAAAAGAAGAACAAAGACAGACUCUUGAAGAACAGUUAAACAGCGAGGCUUCUUCAUUUUGCAUUCUUCCUCCUAAGCCUUCUCAUGAUGUCGCAAAUCGAGAUUCCGAUGUAUCUAAGAUAAUUGAACAGUUAAAAGCACUGAAAAAUUCCACGGGAUUAAGUUACUUGUACUUAUCUGGAAAUCCUGGAAGUGGUAAAUCGCAGAUUGCCUCACUUGUAGCCAACAAUUUCUUUGACGAGGUCAAAGGAAGUACAUCGUUUGUAAUGACACUAAAUGCUGAAAACUCUAAAACACUUAUGGAAUCGUACGCCACUUUCGCUCGACAUCUGAAGUGCCCAGAAUACGCUGUUACUAACACACUUAUCUCCAAAGAUUUGAGUAUUGAUGAGAAGAUCAGAAGUCUAAGGACACUGAUCAGCACGAAAAUCGAGCUGUAUUCAUCGUGGCUACUGAUAGUUGAUAACGUCACCAACAUGUCUCAUCUGGAUGGUAAUUUACCUGAUCCAGGAAAUGGGCAGUGCGCAAAGGGCCAGUUGUUGAUAACAACACAGGACACCGCGUCUAUCCCGCCGUCAGGCUCAUUUAUUCAACACAUCCCAGUCAGCAAAGGUAUGGAGCCUCAUGAAGCCGGCUCUCUGUUGGAAAUGCUUUCUGGUUUUAAUGACCCAGAAAUGGAAAAAGAGGUUGCUCGUGUAUUAGACUACCAACCACUUGCCCUGGCAAGCGCUGCCACCUAUGUGAGAGAAGUAAGAAAGAACAAAUUAACUCCCAACUUUGGCUGGGAUGACUUUCUAAAGAAAUUGGACCAAGGGAAGAGAAGUACAACAGAAGCCAUGCUCUCUGGAAGUAACCCAAGUUACAAAAAGUCCAUGACUGCAGCCACAACACUUGCUGUUAAGAAGACGAUCACAACGGAUAAAGUUUUAGAGCACACUUUUCAUUUUCUUUCUGUCUGUGCACCACAUCCUUUGAGUCUAGAGAUUGUUGUAAAUUAUCUUAACAAAGUGAAUGAAGAGCUUAAAGAUCCUGAUAUACUUGCUACGAGAAUCUGCAAAUGCUCUUUGCUGUUAUUUGAAGAGGAUGACAGCGGCGUCUACAUGCGAGUGCACCAGAUUGUCCAUGACGUCAUUAAUGCUGUCAUGAAAACUUUUGCCGAAAACAAAGAGCUUGAAGCCGUUGAUGGGGCUAUACUGUCAUUCUACCAAGUUAUAGGUCAUGCUCUGGUUGAGGAUGACUCACAUACUCUUAUCAGAAGCAAGAACAUUGUUCCUCAUUUGGUCACAUUGAGCGAGAUAAUCGAUGGUCUCUUUUCAGAAGAGGGUAUAACUGACGCUAUAAAAGCCGGAUCAUCCACUCCUUAUGACUACCGGAACUAUUUCCAAACUCUUGGUCACACCUGCCAAAAACACUGUGAAUUCCGAUCAGCAUUAAGGUACUUCAACGCAACGUUGAGACUAACUCAAUGUGACGACGUGUUUGGUGACGAAGACAUUGUAAACGCAUAUGGUUACAUAGGUACUGCGUACCAUGCCCUUGGUCACCUGCAGCAGGCGAAAGAAUGUCAUGACCGUGCACUUACCACUUGUCUGAAAAAGCUCGGACCUGAACAUAUCGAAGUGGCAUAUGGUUACGAUAAUCUGGGUGCUGUGCAUCAUGACCUUGGCGACCUGCAGCAGGCAAAAAAAAGUCACGAUCGUGCACUGACCAUUCGUCUGAAAAGGCUCGGACCUGAACAUGUCGAUGUGGCAUAUAGUUACAACAAUCUGGGUACUGUACACUACGCCCUUGGUGACCUGUUGCAAGCAAAAGAAUGUCAUGAUCGUGCACUUACCAUUCGUCUGAGAAAGCUUGUACCCGAACAUGUCAAUGUGGCAUAUAGUUACAACAAUCUGGGUGCUGUGCAUCAUGAUCUUGGUGACCUGCUGCAGGCAAAAGAAUGUCAUGAUCGUGCUCUUGCCAUUCGAUUGAAAAAGCUCGGACCUGAACAUGUCGAUGUGGCAAAUAGUUACAAUAAUCUGGGUGUUGUGCAUCAUGGUACUGGGGAUCUGCAGCAAGCAAAAGAAUGUCAUGAUCUUGCACUGACCAUUCGUCUGAAAAAGCUAGGACCUGAACACGUCGAUGUGGCGUAUAGUUACGAUAAUCUGGGUACUGUGCACUAUGCCCUUGGUGACCUGCCGCAGGCAAAAGAAUGUCAUGAUCGUGCACUUGCCAUUCGCCUGAAAACGCUCGGACCUGAACAUGUCAAUGUGGCAAAUAGUUACGAUAAUCUGGGUACUGUGCACAAUGCCCUUGGUGAACUACUGCAGGCAAAAGAAUGUUAUGAUCGUGCACUUACCAUUAAUCUGAAAAAGCUCGAACCUGAACAUGUCAAUGUGGCAUAUAGUUACAAUAAUCUGGGUGCUGUGCAUCAUGAUCUUGGUGACCUACAGCAGGCGAAAGUAUGUCAUGAUCGUGCACUUGCCAUUCGUCUGAGAAAGCUCGGACCUGAACAUGUCAGUGUGGCAUAUAGUUACAAUAAUCUGGGUGCUGUGCAUCAUGAUCUUGGUGACCUACAGCAGGCAAAAGAAUGUCAUGAUCGUUCUCUUUCUAUUCGUCUAAAAAAGCUCGGACCUGAACAUAUCAAUGUGGCAUAUAGUUACAAUAAUCUGGGUACUGUGCAUUAUGGUCUUGGUGACCUGCGGCAUGCAAAAGAAUGCCAUGAUCGUGCACUUGCCAUUCGACUCAAAAAGCUCGGACCUGAACAUGUCGAUGUGGCAUACAGUUACGAUAAUCUGGGUACUGUGCACUAUGCCAUUGGUGACCUGCAGCAGGCAAAAGAAUGUCAUGAUCGUGCACUUACCAUUCGACUGAAAAAGCUCGUACCUGAACAUGUCAUCGUGGCAUAUAGUUACAAUAAUCUGGGCGCUGUACAUCAUGAUCUUGGCGAUCUGCAGCAGGCAAAAGAAUUUCAUGAUCGUGCACUUACCAUUCGUCUGAAAAAGCUCGGACCUGAACAUGUCGAUGUGGCAAACAGUUAUAAUAAUCUGGGUGUUGUGUAUCAUGGUCUCGGGAACCUGAUGCAGGCAAAAGAAUAUCAUCAUCGUGCACUUACCAUUCGUCUGAAAAAGCUCGGACCUAAACAUGUAAAUGUGGCAAAUAGUUACAAUAAUCUGGGUGCUGUGCAUCAUGGUCUUGGGGACCUACAGCGGGCAAAAGAAUGUCAUGAUCGUGCACUUGCCAUUCGUCUGAAAAUUCUCGGACUUGAACAUGUCGAUGUGGCACAGAGCAGGUAAUUAAGUGUUAUCAACUGAGUUAAAAACGUUAAUUUGCCACCGUAAAGAGUGCAAAGGCUGACGUUUCGAGCCCAAAGGACAGCCCUUUGUCAGCCUUUUCACUCCUUACGGUGGCCAAUUAACGUUUCAACUCAGUUGUUUACACUAAGUUACCUGCUAUACUCUCCCACCGACGCAGCACCACAAUUUCUGUAGAAACUAACCCCCUUUAUUCGAUGUGGCACUUAGUUACGACAAUCUGGGUACUGUGCAGCAUUCCGUUGGUGACCUGCAGUGGGAAAAGAGUAUCAAGAUCAUGGACUGACCAUCCGUCUGAAAAAGCUCGCACCAGAGGAUAAUGAUGUGGUAGCCGUGCAGAAUAACUCACUGAUGGUAUAACGGAAAAGGGAGAUUGGACGAACGUCUACCAUAUCUCACAGAGUCGGUUGUAUGACAUUCUGAAUUAACUAUGUAUUUAGAAUAUAAACCCAAAAGUGCCAGACAUGAUACUUUUAGGACAGAACAUCAAUUUUUUGCCAGAAAACGAAAUUUGUUGGAGAAUAAGAUACUAUGGGAAAAAGGGAAUUCCAUAAAUACCAUAGCUAAGAGAAAAAGGAAAGGCUUUAAACUGUUUUACCAAAUCCGUCUCGUAUAUCUUUUUAUCUUUCGUUAGGAAAGUUUUCAAAUUUUACACAAAUUAAUACAAAAAAGGUAGCCUUAUUUGAAUUCCAAUGACCAAAAAUAGAAAUAGUCAAAAUAGGUUGCGAACCCUUUACACCCUGACAUCAGUAUCUAUAUUCUCCUUACUUUUCUCCAUACAUUUCCUUUGGUACUGACAAGGAGAUUUGUUUCAUCAAUCAAAGCUUCUUAGGUUGGUGAUCAUUUCCUUUAUUCUCGGGAUCUUAAUGAAUGAUUCAGCAGUAUUACUGUAAAAAGAAAUUAGAUGCUGUUCACUCUUGGAGUAUGGAGGGUUAGAACUAUGGCAGAAGUCAGCCUUUCCAUUAUUCCACCUCAUUUAAGUAUGACUUGAGUGUACAUAGUCUCGACUGUAAAUAGCAUAACGUAGGACUUCAUUAACUAUGCAUGUCAUAUCCCUGUUGUCUGCUUCAUCAGAAAUCUUAGUUUUCCU